ACCAAGAUCUGUUUGUUUAUUUACAAAGUUUAUGAUAAUAUUGUUUCCGUCUAAAAUGUUAUUUUUAAACUACAUUUAUUAUUGGAAACAAAGAACGGAGAUGCUUGCAAUCCCUUUCCUUGCCGCUAAUAUGACGCCUGGUUCUCGCUCCCCCGAUGGCGUCCUCUCGCCCUUCUCGAAAAACAGUCAACUUCCGCAGUGAGCCUUUGAUAGAAUGAAUUGAGAAUCUCAGAGACCAACUAUGGCAAAAAGAGUCUUUGAGACAUUUGACGGACGCGAAGUCACGGAUGCUAUGUUAACGGAAGCGGCCGUCCUGUUCAACGAAAACUACGGCAUAUGGGGAACGGAUCCUACGCAUUCUCGAUCAGUACCCAAACAAGGUGAGUUGUGCAAAGGACCUUUCUGGUUAUGUGUUCGAUCAAAAGGAUAGGAAGUCGCGUGAAGCUCAGCAAAGACCGUCUACGAGCCCAAUGCCUACCUAAAAAUGUCGACUGCUCCUACGCAAGAGUCACCGUUGAGGAUCACCUAGCAGGGAAUGCGUUUGCUUGCCGAUGGAGAGUUGAGAAUAGAACAGUAUGCUGGAUCACUCAACUUGUUGUCCACAGCGACUAUCGAGAGCGCGGACUUGCAAUGGGCCUGCUAAAUUCCCUCCGACAAGACGACGACAACAUCUACGGCAUCAUGAGUUCACACCCUGCCGCCUGCUUAGCGGCUGCAAAGGCUUUUGGAGGUGGUAUCGACUCAGUACCCACCGGCUUUAUUCGCGAUAAUGCGAGCACCGUUAUGAAGGAAUCGCCCGUCGAAUAUGUCAGAAAUGCUGAGCUUCGUGGCAACCUCUUCGAUCCUGAUGACACAAGGGGGGUGAUUUCGUCUGUCUGCACAAACUUUUUCGUUGAUCAUGCUGAACCGCUUGAGGCACUGAAGUGGGUUCGACAGAGACAUAGUUGGCCUCUUGGCGAAUUACUUGAUGGGGAUGAAUUUCUUCUCAUGAUUGAGGCACCGCUUCGGAGUCGAUCCCGAUCUCGGUUGGCUUCAUAACCUGGUGCAUGAAGACUUUCCCAAGGGCCAGCAUAUUUCAGAGUCAAUGUGUUGCUGGUAUUGUCUUUGCGUGACACAUGUACUGUGACGGGGUUUGGUGAUCCAAUGCACAUGGCUUGGUAGCACAUGACCGCAUGGGAGUCGAAUGCUUCAUCAACUGAAGGCAUCCAGGAUCCGGUUCAACAAGAAGAAGCAUGCAUCGGUAUCAACAACAACAAGCAUGCAUAGGUAUUUCGAGUAGUCAAGGAGAGGUGGCUUUGCUACCACGUACGAGCAUAGAGAAUAGCUAGACGCUAUUACUAUUCAUA